AUGUCUAAUUUUCGGGCCCUUCAACCAGCACCACUGGAUCAAGAGCCAACACCACAACCACAGACCCGACCCAUACUGACGUCGAAGCCAAAGCGCACGGUAACACUUGGUGCUUGUGUUGCAUGCCGGAAACGGAAAUCGAAAUGUGACGGCAACCGUCCAAUAUGCACAUGCUGCUCUCAAAAAGACACAGAGUGCGUCUACGAACUUGGCCCCAAUGAGAAGCCAUCGCAGGCGAUGAAACGCAAAAAUGAGGAGAUGCAGGGCGAAUUGUCCAAUCUCCGUCAGCUCUAUGACUUUCUCCGGUUACGGCCAGAGCACGAGGCUAUGGAAAUCCUCAAGCGCAUCAGAUCCAACUCUCCAGACGUCCCACCGUGCCAACGCAUCCAGGAGCUUGCAGACUACGUACGACAUGGAGAUUUAUUCAACCAGCAGCCGCUACAAACAUUACCUGGGAGAGACGCCGAGCGCGACCCAUUGGGUUCCAUAACGCUUCCUCCGCUGCGUCACGCUCUGGAUUCUACUGGAGAUCUGGAGUCCUACAGUCUACCCUGCCUAGGCAUGCACCCCAUGGGAUUCGAUGGCCCAGCUACCCAACGACGCAGACACACCCAAGAUCUGUCAGCUCGCACAGAUAGUCAAAGCUCUCUGCCACGGCUCACUUCCAUCGAGGCCAUCCUGCACACACCUUCUACUGCAGCUGCAGAUGACCUGGCUGCAGACCCUCGGCUGGGCUUUAUUGGCGACUGGACACGGGUCACAGAUGACACUGGCUUUCUAGCUCACCUUUUCACCACCUGGACGGAAAGAGAAUAUGUCUAUUACCAUUUUCUGGACCGAGAUGCGUUUCUUGCAGAUCUUUCAUCGCGCCGUAAUGACUUUUGUUCUGAACUUCUAGUCAACAUUAUGCUUGCAUCGGCAUGUUUCCAUUCUUCUGCGGUCAAAGACCGCAACAAACCUCUCUCCGCGAACUCGAUCCAGACUUCCUUCUACUACGAGGCGCGGCGGUUGUGGGUUAUUGAGAGUGGUAGGGACAGCUUGACGAAGGUGCAAGCUGGCAUGAUCUUCUACCUGGUUCUUGCGAAAUACGGUCGAGAUAGAGACGGUCAGAGGUUUUUAGUGGAAGCAUGCAAAUCUGCUCAGAACCUAGGCUUGUUCGAUGAGGAAACGUCUCAAAACAGCGGAACACCUACACAUAUUUCCGUCGAUAGAUGGAGGAGAGCUCGAGCAGUGACUGCGUGGGCGAUACACAACUUUCAGCUCACCAUGGCAAUCACGUACUCAUCUCCCGUACUGAUCAAGAGCCUUCCUGCAGCGCAGAUUCCAUACCAGGACGCUGAACCCAUGUUCCGUUCUGAGUGCGUGCUGCACACCAUCCUCCAUGAUUGUGUCAGCAUCAUACAAGGUAAUGAAUGUACGAACCCACUCGAUGCGCGAAGUGCCGAUCGCAUCGAUGCCUGCUACUCCCGGUUGAGGUCUUGGUGGCGCUCGCGACCCUCCACCCUAGAUCCCGACAAGUAUCCAUCUCAGGUCCAUUUACUUUGCGCGGAGAUUCGGCGCCUAGUCUCGGUACACGAUACACAUCAUGGCUGGUCGAACGCCAUUACCUUUGUCAUACACGGCAUUACUGUUGCAAGUUUCGGCACCCUUGAUGAGAUGUCGCACAAUAAGCCUCUCCUUUCACAAUCCGCAACUGAUGAGCGGUACCAGGGUCUGGUUACCUGUCUACGCGCUCUCACGGUCCUGCUCAGCUACAGCUAUUAUGCACAACCGAUUUUUCGACUUUUGACGCAGAAGUGUGCAGCACUAGGCGUGCGAUUGCCAGCGGAGGUGCAAGGGGCACUUGACUACUGCACGAGCGAAGAGUGGAUAAAGAAGGCUGCCGAGCUGGUCAGUAGUCAGUACAUUGCCGACACGCGAUCAAUCGACAAGGACACAGAGACAAUGAGGAUGGAUGCUGUCAUAUCCAGGUGGGAGAACCUGAAUCUCGAGGACAAGCAGACAUAG